AUGAGCGCGGCGGUGCCCGGCAGGAGCUCCCGGCCGGCGGGGGUGGCGGCUCCCGGGCGGGGGGCGACGGCGACGGCGCAGCAGAAGCAGCAGCCGCCCCAACCGGCGGCGCCCGCGCCCUCCUCCUCCUCCUCCUCGGCGUCGGAGAGCCGGGCGGUGCCGGAGGUGCUGGUGGACCCUCGGAGCCGGCGCUGCUACAGCCUGGGCCGCUUCCUGGGCAAGGGCGGCUUCGCCAAGUGCUACGAGAUCACGGAGGCGGAGAGCCGCGAGGCCUUCGCCUGCAAGGUGGUGCCCAAGGCGCUGCUGCUGAAGGCGCCGCAGAAGGAGAAGAUGACCAUGGAGAUCGCCAUCCACCGCAGCCUCCAGCACCGCCACGUGGUGGCCUUCCAGGGCUUCUUCGAGGACAGCCACUUCGUCUUCGUGGUGCUCGAGCUCUGCCGCCGGCGGUCCCUUUUGGAGUUGCACAAGCGUCGGAAAGCCCUGACGGAGCCUGAGGCCCGUUACUACCUGCGCCAGAUCAUCCUGGGCUGCCAGUACCUGCACAGCAACCGCGUCAUCCAUCGCGAUCUCAAACUGGGCAACCUGUUUCUGAACGAUGACAUGGAGGUGAAGAUCGGUGACUUCGGCCUGGCCACCAGGGUGGAAUACGACGGGGAGCGGAAGAAGACCCUGUGUGGGACGCCAAACUACAUUGCCCCCGAAGUGCUGUGCAAGAAAGGGCACAGCUUUGAAGUGGACAUCUGGUCCAUCGGCUGCAUCAUGUACACCCUCCUGGUUGGGAAGCCACCCUUUGAAACCUCCUGCUUGAAAGAAACGUACAUUCGGAUUAAGAACAAUGCAUACACGAUUCCUACGCCUCAGGUGCCUGGGACCCUCAAUGAAUCGUGGCUCUCCACCUGCCCCCAAGUCUUCCUCCUGUGGCUGUGGGAGCUGCACUCCUAA